AUGAAGGUCAUCUCCUGGAACUGUAGGGGCAUCGCCAACAGGCGAGUCAGAUGUCAUGUCAAGGAACUCUUGAACACGACAAAAGUUGACGCCCUUUGUCUCUUGGAGAUUCGGUCCCCUAAGGCCGAUAAUAUGAUCAGUUAUGUUAGGCCUAACAUGUUGGCUAAGUGCAGAUUCUGGGAGGAUUGUGAAUCUUUUGGCAGAUCAUUACAGGCCCCCUGGAUUGUUAUGGGCGAUCUCAAUGAUAUUGCGGCGGUAGGCGAACAAUGGGGGAGUGACUCGGUCAAUUCAAAUGGCCUCCAAAGAUUUGUGGAUGCUUACAGCCGUUGUGGGCUCAUUGACCCGGGGUACUCUGGUUCAACUUUCACGUGGUACCGUUUUGCUGGGGGUAGAGUCAUCCAAAUGCGGAGACUCGAUAGAGUUCUAUGGAAUCUUUCAGCUCAACAUGCCUUCCCGGAAAGCAAAGUUAGGGUUCUCCCCAGACUUCACUCUGAUCAUAGCCCCAUUCUCUUUAUUGGACAUGCAGGUCGGCCACCAGAUAAGCAUCUCCGUUCGGUGCGUUUCGAGGCGGCGUGGUUAACUAGAAGUGAUUAUGGUGAAGUUUGGAAAAAGGUAACCUCUCACGGUGUUCAGAAUAUUGAAACCAUCAUUGCUACCGUGACUAAGGAUAACAUUUGUUGGAAUAAGAAAGUUUUCGGGAACAUUUUUAGCAGAAAGAGACACAUAGAAAACAUGAUCUAG